GGUCCGCUUGCUUGGACACCGGAAACGAAGAGUCACAUGAAGAGUUCAUACGAGGCGGUUGCUAAGGUGCCAAGUUAGGGCUUGUCGGCAAGCCCAUUGGGGAGCCCUUUUCAGCUCAAUCCAAAACUCUCUAAUGGGAGAUAGCAACGUCGGCUUGCGUGGUAGAUUAGACGACCCGCCUUACGACAUGGCGUCUGCUGCUGUCGCAGCUCCUGUCUGGAACUCUCCAAGCCAACACGCGCAUGCAGGCCUGAACAUGAAUUCGUCCAGGUACGACGAGCAUGGUGAAAGCGGUCUCGGCCAUGGGUCUGCGGAGCAACAUGGCUGCGCGCGAGGCAGUGGUGGAAGUGAGGCGGCGCCUGAUUUGGCGCCACCAAUUGACGCGCGCGAUGGCGCUGAGGAGUGCUACCGAACUGUGUGUCAAGCAGACGUCGGUUGCAAAUGGAUGCAGUUUACUCCAGAGAUGCUGUCCUCCAACGUCUUCAGCGGCCUGCUGCUGCAAGACCUUGACAAGGGAACCACCAUCACCCUGUCACCCGACCCGGCGGCUGCACACUGCUCCCGCAACAUGCCCUCCUGGCAGAUUCCAGUCAAGCGCCAUGCUGAGGGUGACGUUAGGGGCUACGACUUCUCGCCCCUUCGGAACUACCUGCACUACACUGCUGGGGAUACCCUCGCCUUCCGCCGAGACCCCAGCGGCCCACACCGCUACUUCGUGCGGCUUGCCUCUGCUGAAGGCCCGGAGACGCAUAUCGCCAAGGAUGUCGACAUGGACGUGUACGAGGAGAAAGACACGGACCACAGUGAGGAGGAAGAGGACGAGGAGGAAGAGGACGAGGAGGAAGAGGACGAGGAGGAAGAGGACGAGGAGGAAGAGGACGAGGAGGAAGAGGACGAGGAGGAAGAGGACGAGGAGGAAGAGGACGUGGAGGAAGAGGACGUGGAGGAAGAGGACGAGGAGGAAGAAGACGACGAGGAGGAGGGCGAGGAGGAGGAGGAGGAGGAUUGGCUAGAGCUGGAACGGCGGCAGCAGCAAAAGAACGCGGCACGUGACAAGAAGCAGCAGGCGGUGUCCCGGCGGCGGAAGCCGGCCAUGCCGAGGCGGCUGCUCCGUGUCAGCCAGCAGAAGGGCUUGCCUGCUGGCUGCUGUUCCAAGGCGCUAGUGCUAUCGGACGUGACUGAGAGCCGCAUCCAGUUUACAAAAGCCAUGCUGUCCACCGUGUUCAAGGGCUUGCGGCAGGGCCUCUCAGUGACCGAGUUCACCCUCUCGCCGGACCCAGAGGACCGGGGGCAGCAGCAGCAGGGCGGGCAGCAGCAGCAGCCUCCAUGGAAGCUCACUGUAGGGCGCUAUGGGACGAGCAUAUACGGAGUGGGCGCGGAAUCCGUGAGGUCCAUGUUCCAAUAUUUCAACUGCGAAGUGGGCACAACCUUAACCUUCCGCCAAGACUCCAACGGCCAGCCGCACUGCUACUUCAUCCGCCGUGCCUCGGCGGCCCCUGCUGCUAGAGGACCGCUGGCGCCCUUGAAGAGGGCGUUAAAGAAGCCGGGUGGAAGGGGUACCGCACCGCAACGGGAAGCAGCAGCAGCAGAGGCUCACACCACCCGCAGGCGCAGGAGGCAGCCGCCACACACCCGGGCCGCUGAACCGGGUUGCUUCAAGCGCGUAGUGUCGCGGACAAUGGAAACCCGGGGGGUUAUGGAGGUCAUGUCGGGCGUGCUGUUCGAGGAUCUGCGUGAGGACCCCUCCAUCACCCACAUCACCAUCACGGUAGACCUGCAGGGCCCGCGGCAGGCGGAGCAGAGGUUGAACCCACAACCUUCAUACCAGAUCGACGUGCGCCGAUACGGGGAGAGGACGAUCUGCUGCCGAGGUUUUCGGAAGAUUCAGGCGCAGCUAGGUUACAAAGUUGGUGAUACCCUUGUCUUCUGCCGCGACCCCAACGACAGCAGCGGCCCACACCGCUACUUCGUGCGGCUGAUGCCAAGGCCUGGAACCGGUGAGGCCCCGGCAGCCGCUGAAGCGCUGCCAGUUUCCAACACGCAGCCGCAGCCCGCACCGCCGCAGCCCGCACCACCGCAGCACGCACCGCCGCAGCCCGCACCGCCGCAGCCCGCACCGCCGCAGCACGCACCGCCGCAGCACGCACCGCCGCAGCCCGCACCGCCGCAGCCCGCACCGCCGCAGCCCGCACCGCCGCAGCCCGCACCGCCGCAGCACGCACCGCCGCAGCCCGCACCGCCGCAGCCCGCACCGCCGCAGCCCGCACCACCGCAGCCCGCACCGCCGCAGCACGCACCACCGCAGCCCGCACCGCCGCAGCCCGCACCACCGCAGCCCGCACCGCCGCAGCCCGCACCGCCGCAGCCCGCACCGCCGCAGCCCGCACCGCCGCAGC